AUGCGUGAAUUCAAGGUGGUCGUCCUGGGUUCUGGCGGGGUGGGAAAGUCGGCCCUCACGGUGCAGUUCGUUUCCGGCUGCUUUAUAGAAAAAUACGAUCCAACCAUCGAGGAUUUUUAUCGAAAAGAGAUUGAGGUGGACAAUUCUCCUUGCGUGCUGGAAAUUCUGGACACGGCGGGCACCGAACAGUUUGCCUCGAUGCGAGACUUGUACAUCAAAAAUGGUCACGGCUUUAUCGUUAUGUAUUCCCUAACAAACCACCAGACAUUUCAGGAUAUCGCAAGUAUGAGAAAUGUGAUCAGUCGUGUGAAAGGUAGUCAGCCAGCACCAAUCCUCCUAGUCGCCAAUAAGCUAGAUUUAGAUUGCCAAAGAGAAGUGUCCACGGCGGAAGGUAAUGCCCUUGCGGAGCAGUGGGAUUGUCCGUUCAUCGAAGCAUCCGCGAAAGAUCGCAUCAACGUGAACGAAGUCUUCGCUACCGUCGUCCGAGAGAUGAAUAUGACCUCCGAAAAGCGUCAGAAGAAAAGUUACUGUUGUUGUACAUUAUUAUAGAACUGGCAUUAAGUCUAAUUUUUAACCUAAUUAAUAAUAAUAAUAAUUAA